AUGGGGAAAAUCAACCUCACAGCCUUGCGGGUGCGAGAAACCGCGCUCAAGCAGUUCGCCAGCGGAAAGAUCAAGAGGCUCCCCCAAUGGGUUGAUGUCGUGGGCGAUGUUCCUCCGCCAGAAGCCCUUAUUCGCAAGCCUCCCAUUCAACAUCAACUAGUCCGCCAGCGGAUGAAGACAAUCCCCGGAUCCUCGCAGCCGCAGACCGUUUUCGAGGUUCAAGAGAAGCGCCGGAAACCUAAGAAGGCCAGUCGUAUGUUCCAGCCCGUUGAGCUGAGAUAUGAAGAGGAUGAGUUGCGACAGGAAUUUUUCCGUGAUCAUCCCUGGGAAUUGGCCCGGCCCCGCGUGCUUGUGGAGCCUACAAAAAAUCGCUUUCAGCACGACUGGAGCCGCAUGAAGCAGCCAGGGAAGCGAUUGGAUGGCGAAAGUGUGGUUCAACGGCAGCUGUGGCUGCUCAACAAUGUCCCUGAUAUGACCAAGAGCGCGGCUUACGACAUCGCUCGCCGAGAGUUCUACCGACUACGGCUACAGGAGGAUAUCGAGCGCCGUAUUGCUGCCGAAGAAGCAGAAGCCACCGGCGCCCAAUUUGGUCCCUCAAUGCUGGAAGUUGGUAUGGAACUGGAGAACAAGCAAUAUGAGCUAUGGAAAGACUGGGCCAAGAACGAAGCUCAAAUUCUCAACCAAAAAUUUGCCUCGCUGUCUGGGGCCCCUGAACUUGCCAAUGAGAAUGACGAGAAGGAGCCAGUGAAGAGCUUUGAGAGCGUGGAACCAGAGGAGUUGAACUGA